AUGGCACUGUGAAGAGGGGAAAAUCAACUUAAGUUAAAACACAGCAAUUGUCUAAGUACAGCAGGCGCCCAAAGGUGCGGAGCACGUACCUUCCUAUGAAGCGGAGGAUCUAAGCAGCGAGACUUGCCGCCGAGGUGCGCCUCGUACCUACCGGUGAUUCGCCCAAAUAAACAAUAAAACAGCCGACUUUGACCCUGCCUUUCCCAGCUUCUGAUGAAUAUACAAAUAUUUGACAUAUUCACAUGUAAAUAAAUUACGACCGAUGUCGAAGAGCAGCAUCAUAAGGUGCGCACGCUGGAGUUGCCUGUGGCGCCCGCAGCCGCACCUCCCGACACAUGAUGGAAGCCGCAUCCCAAUCUUUCUAAAGUUUAUUUUUUGUUAGGUCCAUGAUGUAGUAUAAAAUAUAAAGAUGGUAACGGUAAACUAUCCGUGCACAUCUACAGGUAAGAAAUAACAAAAUGCGAUAUUACAUUCUACCAGUUCAAAAGAAAUUUAGUAAACGUACUAAAUAGAUUAUAAAGGUGUCAGCGAACCCAUUUUGCUAGCAAAUCUGAUUUAUUUAAUGCGCUGUUAAAUGUUUGGUUAAAUGUUUCCAGCCUCUCGUUAGUGCGGAAGUAUGAUUCCCCCCUCGCGUACCAUCGGUCAUGGAUUCAUAUCCCAGGUGUUUGAGCAAUUUUCUCCGGGAUUAAUGAAGUCUUCUACUUCUGAUGAUGUGAAAUAUAUGAUAGUUCUCAAGAAUAUGUGCAAUGAUGACCGUGACAUGUGGAAGAAGGAAAGGAAGAUCCUGUAAGGUCACUUUUUUAUACAGACAUUAAAAUGAGCUCUGAGCCGGAGGAACCAGCUCCAUCUCACGACAAACAGCCAGAUGAACAAAAUGGCCUGGAAUUUACGAGACAAAUAAAGACCGAAGUCACCAGUGACUCUUCAGACUCGGCGAGCUCACGGAAGCCGUACGCGCUGCCGUGGGACGCCUCCGAGAGCACUGCUCCGGUGACAGCGGAGCCCUCGCCCCUCCACCCCCUGCAGCAGCUGCUCCUGGUUCCCGGCUCACACCUCUCCACCUCCUCCUUACUCCUGUCCCAAGCACAGGGCAGCCAUCAAGGAACCUUGGAGUUUCAAACUUCCUCUGGCAUUAACCGCUGCAUAAAAACUGGGCGUGGGAGCUUCAUGGAAUGGACUUCCAUGGGCGAGCAGCUGCAUGCAAGCUUCACCUCACCACGUUCAAUACCAAGCGUUGGAUGGAGUGGUGUAAAACGCCUCUACUGGACUCUGGAGCAGUGGAAACAUAUUCUGUGGAGUGACAAUGCUUCGCAACAUUCUCAGUCUGGUCUACUUCAGCACCAGCCUGGAUUAGCACUGAUACCGCAGGCAGUGAGUCGGACAGGUCUGGCGGGGCCCUGUCUGAAUGGCCACCCAGAGGUAGCACAGGUACCCAAACACGUGCCUGCCUUGCAGCUGGAUGAAGCCAGUGAGCUAGAGGACCUGGAGCAGUUCUCCAAGGCCUUCAAGCAGAAGCGGAUCAAGCUAGGGUUCACUCAGGGGGACGUGGGCCUGGCGAUGGGGAAGCUCUACGGCAACGACUUCAGCCAAACCACCAUCUCCCGCUUCGAGGCACUCAACCUCAGCUUCAAGAACAUGUGCAAGCUGAAGCCGCUGCUGGAGAAGUGGCUGAGCGAGGCAGAGAACUCCACCUCUGACAGCAUGGUGAGCCCUGCUACUGUGCCCCCCCUGGUGGAGGGUUUCGGUAGGAAGAGGAAGAAGAGAACCAGCAUAGAAGCUAGCAUCAAGCUCACACUGGAGAAGAGGUUUAUGGAUAACCCCAAGCCAAGCUCGGAGGAGAUCUUGCAGAUCUCGGAGCAGCUAGCGAUGGAGAAGGAAGUGGUGAGGGUCUGGUUCUGCAACCGGCGGCAGAAGGAGAAGAGGAUCUGCAGCCCGGUUGCCAUGACAGCAGCAAAGCCACCAGGAGCCAACCGGCUGGCAAUCACUUCCAGGUCCUUCAGUCCACUUGCUAUAAACGGUGUGUCCUCCACCACCUCCCUCAGCAGCCCCAGCCACAGGGCCUCCCCUACUGGCCUCUCCUCUGGUCCCAUCACACUGACCUCAGAGGGGGCCACACAGUCCCUCAGUGCCACAGGACCAUGGUACCGUGCAUGGAAUGCUUCAUCCUGUCUCUACUGAAAACGUACAACAGGAACUUUUGCUGCAGUGUCCUGGAACACCUCAAGAACCUGGACGUCCAAGGAGGGACGUUGUGCACAUUAACCCCAUAAUACGAAGGUUUUACAUCCACUGAAGUGGCAAAUGUCCUUUAUCUGUGCAUUAAUCGGGCAAAUCUUCAAUAUUUACUAGUUUUGCUUUAAAGCUGCAGCGCUUACAUACCCGAGAACGGCUUUGAACAGUUUGUGUCCACAAAGUUCUCUGUAACAUGUAUUAUAUGAUGUAUUUACAAGUACCUUAACAAUUAACUGUUGUUUAUUUCAAGGUAAAAAGCGCAUAUGAUGCGUUUAUCCGUCCAAUGUAAAUAGUAACUUCUUUGUAUUUUUAUAUUUUGAGUAUACCUUGAUGAUAUGCGUUCGAACGUUCAAAGAAUACUUUAACGAAAAUUAAUAAAUUUUGUGAAAACAGA